AUGGCGCCGACGCAUGUUCUCGACGAUUACUACCUGGCCAUCACGGCCAUUGUCACGGUCGGCUUCCAGCUCAUCUGCUUCUUCAUCGCGUACUCUUUCCAAUUUGACAAAAUCACUGAUCUCGCAGGAGGCCUCAACUUUACCAUUCUCGCCGUCCUCACCCUCGCCCUCGGCGGCGGCGGCAGCGGCGGCCACCUGCACCCGCGGCAGGUCGUCGUCUCCCUCUUCAUGAUUGUGUGGUCGGUGCGCCUCGCCGGCUUCCUCUUCUUCCGCAUCCUCAAGACGGGCAAGGACGAGCGCUUCAACGAGAUGCGCAGCAACUUUCUCAAGUUCCUUGGCUUCUGGGUCUUUCAGAUGCUCUGGGUCUGGAUCGUCUCGCUGCCCGUGACGCUCAGCAACGCGCCCAACGUUACGCGCUACCCGCAAAAGAACUUUGGCACGGGGCGCGACAUUGCGGGUGUCAUUCUGUACGUGAUUGGCCUCGUGUUCGAGGCGGGCAGCGAUGUGCAAAAGUACCUGUUCCGGUCGAGGCAGACGCGUGAGAGCAACCGCACCUCGGUGUGUGACUCGGGCUUUUUCGCGCUGUCGCGACACCCGAAUUACUUUGGCGACAUAAUCAUCCAGUGGUCCAUCUUCAUGAUUGCCGUGUCUGCGGCCGCCGACGGCUACGUCCACGGGCAGGCGUAUAAGGCACUGUACGCCAGCAUCCUCGCGCCCUUCUUCAUCACCUUCCUCCUCAUGUUCGUCUCAGGCAUGCCGCUCUCGGAGCGACCCAAGGCCAAGGAGCGUUACGAAAAGGGCAACAACUGGGAGGGCUACAAGCGCUGGCUCGACCGCACCAGCCCGCUGAUCCCGUUCCCGCCGCAGCUCUACGCCCGCAUGCCUGUCUUUCUGAAGCGCACCGCCUUCCUGGAGCUGCCCAUGUACGUGUUUGACCCGGCCAAGCACUCGGACGUGGCGACGCCCGGCGGUGGUCGAGACGACGGCGGCGGUGGUGGCGAGCAUGCCGGCCAAGGCAACGAGGGACGUGAAAGUGCCGAGCAGCGGCUCGUGUAA